AGAAGAUGUCCCUGUAUGACAGCCAGGCUCCAAUCUGCCCCAUCUGCCAGGUGCUGCUCAGGCCCGGAGAGCUCCAGGAACACAUGGAGACGGAGAUAGAGAGGCUCGCUACCAUAUGUCUCAGUAAGAACCCCUCACCCAAGGAUGGAGCAGCCACUCCUGGAACCCCCAAGUCAAUGCUGUUGUCGGUGCACAUCAAGCGUGAGGGAGAGUCUCCCGUGGUCUCGCCCCUGUCCUCUGAAGACAUCCACCACUCCGACAGAUACCAGACAUUUUUACGAGUUCGAGCAAACAGGCAAACAAGAUUGAAUGCCCGUAUAGGCAAGAUGAAGAGGAGGAAGCCUGAGGAGGGGGGCCAGGUAUGUCCGCUGUGCAGUGCCCCAUUGGCUGGGAGCGAGGAGGAGAUGAGUAGACAUGUGGAACAAUGCCUGAUCCAGCGUGAGGGUGCGUUAGGCGAUGAUGACUCUGCAGACAUGGAUGGAGAGAAUGGGCGGGGCUUUGAAGAGUACGAGUGGGCGGGGCAGAAGAGGAUCAGAGCUACAGCUUUGCUCGAGGGAGGCUUCAGAGGAACAGGUUUUGCCACGUGUAGCAUCAAGGAGAGCGCGGCAGACAGCGACGCUGACCUAGACGUGGAUGGAGACGACACCUUGGAGUACGGCAAGGCCCAGUACACUGAGGCCGAUAUCAUCCCCUGCUCCGGAGCUGGAGAGGACCAAGGAGAGGCCAGGGAGAGGGAGGCGCUACGGGGAGCCGUGCUCAACGGUGGGAUGCCUUCUAACAGAAUAACGCCUGAAUUCUCCAAAUGGGUCAAUGAUGAGAUGCCUUCGACGAGCAACGGAGAAAGCAGCAAGACAGAUCCCAGCACUCCUUCAUCAUCCUCCUCUUCCUCCUGCGCACCGCGCACCUGUAAAAACAGUGAGAUUGAAAAAGUAACGGAGGAGGAGUCCACGGCUACCACCAUGGAGGCUCUGAAGGCUCGAAUCAGAGAGCUGGAGAGGCAGAUACUGAGAGGAGACCGAUACAAGUGUCUCAUCUGCAUGGACUCCUACACGAUGCCGCUCACCUCCAUCCAGUGCUGGCACGUCCAUUGUGAAGAAUGUUGGCUCAGGACUCUGGGGAACAAGAAGCUGUGCCCGCAGUGCAACACCAUCACCUCACCCGGAGACCUGAGGCGCGUCUACUUGUAAAGAGCACACACACCCCCUCCCGCCCCGCCUCCUCGUCCUUUCAAAUCCAUUUCUCCUCUCGUCUUGGAUCUCAUCACCCUCUCUGUCGAUCGUCAUUUGUUCUCCCUCUCUCAUGGCCGGGGUCGGCAGCUCCAGACCCUCCAAGAGCAUACAGAGACAAGACGGCUGUCUUUUGAGACUCCACUGGCUCUUUCGGGAGGUUCAAACUGGAUGCAACUGAAAGACUGAGCGGCUCUGACUGACUCUCUGGCUCGCCGCCUGGCCACCCAUUAAGAAAACAAAACAUGGAGACCUGCGAUCCUGCUGGUCAACAGGCUUGUUUCCUCUGCCUCAGUGACGCGACGCCCUGUACAUGUAACAUAAGGGUGUCCACUGAAGGACUUGUAGUCAGUGGAGACCCCCCCCCCGACACCCAGCUAAGCCCUGCUGAGACCUGGUAGCUUCAUGCAGCUGGAGCUGAAAGGAACUUCUUAAUACAGAAUAUAAAGACUUCUUUUUUUCCCCCUCUAGCUCUUCUUUGACAUUUCGGUGGUGCUGGACAAGGGGCUCUACCCUGAAGACUCAACAGAAAGCUUCUUUUUGUUCCCAGAGAGAAAACUCUUAUCGACAUGCCCCUGUUGCUUAUGAGAAUUGAAAAAAAAGGGGCCUGUCCACUAAAACUGAGCUUUCAACCAAACUGAGAAUAACCUCACAACCUUGAAAAGGAGUUUGACACUCCUCCUCCUCCUCCUCCUCCUCCACCACCUCUUCUUCUCACGAGCCCUUCCCUCCCCUUCUUCCCUCUUUUGUGGUGUUCUAGUGAAGUAAACCAAAAGUUUCCCCCCCUCCAAGAUGCAGUGCAAGCACAUGUAAUAUAGUUCUAUGUAUGUUUACAAUGUUGGGUGUAAAUGACAUAGAGUAUACACACAGACACACACACACACACACACACACAUACACACAGAUGCAAACACAUGCACACACGGUACCAUCAGCAGACACACACAGAAGUAUAUAAUAUCAAAGUCCUGUUUUUAGUUGGAAGGGUUUGGGAAUGAUGUUUGGGGAAAAAAAUGGCUGGAAUAAAAGAAGCCUUCUGUAUUUUUAAAAAAAGAUCAUUUGAAGAUCCGUUGAAGUUUUAUUUCACUGUACAGGAAUAAAAAAUUUAAGUAAUAAUAAACUACUCAAGACUAGAUGGUCAAGAUUUAGGUGGUGUAAGUUUUCUGCAGAGUACCCUGAAAAAAAAGCAAGGAAAGAACUUUUUUUGUUUUUCUUUUAACGAAUGGUGAGAUUCCUAUAAUGCAAACAAGCAGAAAGAUGGAUCUGCUCUUAAGUUGCAACACUGUCCAACUGAGCCUCUUCUUUUAACCUCCAUUUCUGCUUCCUCUCAUUCGGAGUAACAUCACGCUCAGAUCAUAGUCUAGAAACAUUGUUUUACCCCUACAUGUCUCAAAAGAAAGCUUUUUCCAUUGUUCCAUCAUAUUGCUAUGCUGCAAAAAAGGUCCCAAAAUGGCAACCCCGAAGGGCAGGUUCUUUCUAGCUAUAAUGGAUGAAUCAAAGUCUCUGGAAAGGAAGGAUGGCCAUGGCUGAACUGGCAACCUCCAGAACCCGCAGCAUUUCCCCCCUCUCCCUUUACGGCAGCAGCAGCAGCAACCAAGGUGGUGGUGUGCUUUGUGUUUGUAAAACUAUGUAUUCUGUGACGUCUGUAUUGUUGUAAGAAAUGCUGAAAAAAAAAAGAAAAAAUAAAACUUCUCAAAUA